CCUGCUCCACCAUUUGUGCCUGUUCCAUUACCAGUUGUACCUGUUCCUUCAUCAGUUGUACCUGUCCCACCACCAUUUGUACCUGUUCCACCAUCAUUUGUACCUGUUCCACCAUCAUUUGUACCUGUUCCAUUAUUAUUUGUACCUGUUCCAUCACCAGGUGUACCGGUUUCAUCAUCAGUUAUACUUGUUCCAUCACCAUUAAUACCUGUUCCAUCACCAGUGGUACCUGAACCAUCAUCAUUUGUACCUGUUCCACCAUCAUUUGUACCUGUUCCAUCACCAUUUAUACCUGUUCCAUCACCAUUUGUACCUGUUCCAUCAUAAUGUGUACCUGUUCCAUCACCAGUUGCACCAGUUCCGUCACCAGUUCUACCUGUUCCACCAUCAUUUGUAUCUGUUCCAUCACCAGGUGUACCUGUUCCAACAUCUGUAAUACCUGUUCCAUCACCAUUUGUACCUGUUCUAUCACCAGUUGUACCUGAACUAUCAUCAUUUGAACCUGUUCCAUCUCCAUUUGUAUAUGUUCGAUCACCGUUUGUACCUGUUCCAUCACCAGUUGUAC